CUCUGUAAAUUCGCACUCCGCAUAAGAGACUUGCUGUUAUUUUUUUCCCUCCCUCACCCGCUUCUACCAGAAGACAACAACUACGACUCUGCUCAUUCGUAAUGGGUCCUCUGACGCUAGCAGUGGAUUCAAAAAGCUGUUCAGGAACUUCAUCAGGAUAUGGUUUUGCAGAUGAAUAUUGCAAGAAAACGCAGUAUGCUCCUAUAGGAACACGGAAGUCUUUUGCAUCAGUCAGUUUGCAUGAAGAUAAGCCAUUUGAUUUCUUACGCACUUUAUUUGAGGGUGUUAUAGCAGGAGGUACAGCUGGUGUUGUUGUUGAAACAGCUCUAUACCCCAUUGAUACUAUAAAGACAAGACUGCAGGCUGCUCGUGGGGGAGGGAAAAUAGUCUUGAAGGGCCUUUAUUCUGGGUUAGCUGGAAAUCUUGCUGGUGUCUUACCGGCUUCUGCAAUUUUUGUUGGAGUCUAUGAACCUACGAAGCAGAAAUUGUUGAAGAUGUUUCCUGAAAAUCUAAGUGCUUUAGCUCAUUUUACAGCAGGGGCUUUUGGAGGCGUUGCUGCUUCACUCGUUCGUGUUCCGACAGAGGUUGUUAAGCAAAGGAUGCAAACUGGGCAGUUUACAUCGGCCUCUGAUGCUGUCCGCCUUAUUGCUUCUAAAGAGGGUUUCAAAGGAUUCUAUGCGGGAUACGGAUCGUUCUUAUUGAGAGAUUUGCCAUUUGAUGCAAUUCAAUUUUGCCUAUACGAGCAGCUUCGGCUAGGUUACAAAGCGGCGGCAAAAAGAGAGCUCAAUGAUCCUGAGAAUGCUAUAAUUGGAGCUUUUGCUGGGGCACUAACUGGAGCUGCAACCACUCCUCUUGAUGUGAUUAAAACCAGGCUAAUGGUUCAGGGAUCUGCAAACCAGUACAAAGGAAUCAUUGAUUGUGUUCAAACUAUUGUCAGGGAAGAAGGACCUCCUGCUCUUUUGAAGGGCAUUGGGCCAAGAGUUCUGUGGAUAGGCAUAGGUGGAUCGAUUUUUUUUGGUGUCCUUGAGCGUACAAAGCGGUUUCUUUCUCAGAGGCGACCAACACUUCCUGAAGACUCAAAGCAGGAUUAAAUUAGCAUUUAGAUAAACUAAGAGGCUUAUUUAUCGGCACUUGAACAGUUUUUUUUUUUCUCUACUUUGUUUAAAAUGUAAAAUUUUUAUGAUAAACAAAUUAAGCUUCAUGUUUUUGUGUUUUGUUUUGUUUUUUGCAUUAAGCUUCAUGUUCGUAGUUUGAAAUGUUGGUGCUACUAGCUCAAAAUGGGCGUCAGUUGCAGUCGAUUCGAAAAUGUUAAUAUUUAGCAAUUCCGCAUUUAA